GACGAUCUGAGAAGCAAGAGAAGAACUCUAGCUCAACUAGUUCUAUGCAGCAAUGUUGCCUUGCAGCUAUAUGAUACACAGUCGCUCUUGUUGCAGCGGUUGUUGUUGCGAUCAGGCCUGCUGGGUUGAAUAUGGCAAUCUCUGAACACGGAGCAUUGCAACCGCACGUUGUGUUGGUGCCCUCUCCGUUGAAAGGGCACACCAUUCCGUUCAUAAUUUUGACGAAGCAGCUGGUUGGGCAUGGCGUGUGGGUGACGUUGGUGAGCUCGGACAAGCACAUCGCCUCUCAGGAGCAAGACAAGGUGAACUUUGUAGGUUUGCGGGAGGGGCCGUCCAACUUCAUGGAGGCAAUUUCUGAAGUGAGUGAUGUGAGAAUGGCUGAGAUGUUAAGUGAGUGGUUGAGAAUGGCGAUGGAGAUGCCUCAAAAACUAAAGAGUGAUGGACAUUCACAGGCGCGUGCAGCGCCGUGUUGCAUCAUCUCGGACAUGUUUGGCGGGUGGACUCAGGAUGUAGAAAAGAAGUUUGAGAUUCCAAAUCAUGUCUUGUUCACCUCUCCUGCAGCUUGUGCUGCCAUGCAACUUACGAUACCAAAACUCUUUGAAGAGGGUAUACUCCCAUUUCCGAGUAGUCACAAAGGUUAUGUUAACAUUCCUGGCAUUCCUCCGCUAGAUUUUCACGACCUGCCAGAAUAUCUGAUUGCUGAAGAAUCCAGCACGAAACACAAAUUUCUGGUAGACACUGCGAAAGUAGCCGUUGAAGUAGUGAAAGGAAAACAUGGCUUCGUGAGGAAAGUGGAAGUGGAGAGGGUUGUGCGCCUGCUGAUGCAGAAGUUUCUUGGUAUUGACAUUCGCAACCGCACAAAAACCAUGGCGGAGUUUGCACACAAGGCGGUUGCUCCAGGUGGAUCGUCCCAGAAUGGAAUUAAAAUUUUCUUGAUGGAGCUAAACACUUCAAAUCACGACAAUUGA